AUGACAACCUACAUACCGGCUCUGACGAUCCCCUACUCCGUCUUCGCCAACCCGGCGGCGUCGAUCCUCCUGCCCGUCGCUCUCGGCACCGCCGUGGGCUACAGCACUCGGCCGAGCGAGACGCAGAAGACGUACCUGACCAUCAAGCAGCCGCCCUACCGGCCGCCGCCCAAGGUCUUCGGCCCCGUGUGGACCGCUCUGUACGGACUGAUGGGCUACGCCGCCUACCGCGCCGUGACCAACGGCACCUCGCCGCUCGCCUCGAUCGAGUCCAUCCGCCGCGCCAAGCACGGCGCCACCCUCUACACCAUCCAGCUCGGCCUGAACCUGAUCUGGAUGCCGCUCUUCUUUACUGCUAAGCGACCCAUCGAGGCCACCGCCGACGUCGUCGCCCUGCUCGGCAUCAACAGCUACCUGACCUACCUCUGGGGCUCCGUCGACGCCGUCGCCGGCUGGUGCCUCGCCCCCUACCUCGGCUGGCUGGGCUUCGCCACCUACCUGUCCGCUGGCGCGGGCUACCUGAACAACUGGAACUUUGAGGACAAGGAGGUCAAGUCUGCUUAA